UCAAACUUAGGCUUAUGCUAUAGAUGGGAUGAGCUUAGUUUCUCGCUAGAGAUGAGCCCAGCCCAAACAACCCCUUCAACUUCAACUCAAAUUCUCAAAAUAAAAAAAGGGAAAAGCCAUUGCUGCUGUAAAUUAAAGCUCAGCAAUUUCUCAUCUGCACUUUCAAUCUGAACUUUGUACUACUAAUCACAGAGAUCUCACACACAAUAGUAGCACAAGCCAAUUGAGUUGAUUUUGAGUUAAUUAAAAAAAAAAAAAGGAUCCAGAUGAAGUGAAAUCAACUUUCUCUAAUUUCGCAAUCUUCAGAAGAAAAUGAUAGUUCAAGAGAAGACACAGGCAUCAAGUUCAGCUAAUGAAGAGAUUGAUCUUGAUGAGUUGAUGGAUGCAAGUCGUAGAACACUUUUCUUAUUGGUUGCAUGAAAGAAGCUGAGAAGCGACAAGAAAUGAAGAAACAGGGCCAUGGAGAAUAUAGAGACAUAACUGAAGGGGAUUUUUUGGGUGAAGUUACUGCAAGCGAACUAGUUAUCUGCCAUUUCUACCAUUGGGAGUUCUAUCGAUGCAAGAUAAUGGAUAAGCAUCUGAAGGCACUUGCACCCAAGUACCUUGAUACCAAGUUUUUAAAACUGGACGCAGAGAAUGCCCCCUUCUUCAUAUCCAAGCUUGGAAUCAAAACUUUGCCAUGCGUUAUACUUUUCAGGAAAGGAAUAGCAGGUGAUAGACUUGUUGGGUUUCAAGAUGUUGGCGGAAGAGACGAUUUCCCUACAAGGAGACUGGAAAAUCUGUUGAUCAAGAAAGGUAUGAUAAGGAUAAGGAAAAAGAAGACGAGGAGGAUUAUUCUGAAAGUAAACGCACUUCUGUCAGAUCAUCAUUGAACCUUGGUUCAGAUUCUGAUGAAGAAUACAAGGAAAGAGAGCAACCUUUUCUCCUUCUGUAUUAUGUAAUGAUUAUCAAGCCCUUGUGAUAUUCAAUGGUAAAUUGGCAAUAUUUCGUGUUGCAUUGCUGUUGAUAUUAUGUUCUUAACAACGUUCUGGAAAUCAACUUCAUAAUUUCAUAUCAUAAUAUACCAAGGCUCAAAAUUUUGUGUGUUA